AGCAGCAGUGGCUGUGCAAUGGCACUCUGGGCUCCGGCCGCCUGUGUCUCUGUGCUGCUCGCCCUGUGCUUGUUGGCCAGGCUGUGCUUGGGCAGGAGCUCCUCCUGGGUCAGACCUGGAUGCCACCGAGAUGACCCAGAUAGCCCGAGGCUGGUCUGCAAACCCUCGGCUCUCGCCAAGUACCUCCUGAAAACCUGCAGGACCUUCACCUCGGGGUGUGAGCCCCACUGGGUGUGGAAGAAGUGGUCGCACCUCCAGACCUUUCGCAACGGGAUCUGGCCAUCGGGUAUCUCGCUGGAGUUCCUCCGGGACUACCUGCAGUUGGCUGAUGAGGGACUGGUGGCUUUGGACUGGGCUGUGGCCAGGAACUCCACCAGGAGACGAGUGUCCAGCAAUUCCCCGGCCCCCAUCGUGCUUAUCAUCCCCAAUUCCUUCGGGAAAAUCACAAGGAACGUCUUAAAGCUCUGUGCAUCAGCCCUGGACUGUGGUCACCGCCCUGUGAUCUUUAAUCGGAGAUGCCAGAAUGGAAGCCUUUUGACCACACUGAAGCUACAGCAGUUCGGUGACCCCUCCGACCUGAGAGAAGCGGUCAGAUACAUUAGGUAUAAGCACCCCAACGCCAAACUCUUCACAGUAAGUGAGAGCACAGGAGCCGGGCUGCUGCUGGCCUAUCUUGGCGAGUGUGGCUCCUCCAGUUACGUGACAUCCGCUGCCUGUAUCUCUCCCGUCUUCCGGUGCCAGGAAUGGUUUGAAACAGGGCCCCCUUGGAUUUACCGCUGGCUUCUCCUUCUUUAUCAGAAAACGUGGCUCAGCAGAUAUACCACCGUACUGGGAGAAAUUGUAGACAUGGACAAGGUGUUUGCUACUUGGACUCUCAGAGAAGCGGAAGAGCUUCUAUUUUGCAAGACGAGGAAGAAUAGCCUGUGUUGGGAUGUGUACUGGGAGAAGAAUGACCCUCUGCGGGAUGUUGAUGAGGUGGCUGUGCCUGUCCUGUGUAUCUGUAGCCAGGACGACCCAUUCAGGGGAAACAUGGAUACAAGCCUGCCAUUUGAGCUUUUUGAAAGCAACCCCCAUUUCUUUUUGCUGUUGACCAAGUACGGCGGCCACUGUGGCUUCCUAAAGAGAGGUUCCGCUGUGUGGAGCCAUGAAGUGUUGCUGGAGUACUUCCGAUCUGUCAGCGAGUUUUUCGUGACAGAGGAAAGGACGAAAAGUUUCUCGAAGAGGAAAUCCACGGCGAGCGGAGGCUCUGUGGCUUUUAAAUGUGGUAGAGGGAACAAUUACAAGAGAGAUUCCUUUUGUACGCACAACAUCCAUGACAUUUUCAAUUGGCAACGAUCCUACACCAGAUAAUACAGACCAGGAAGGUUCAGAAGCUGACUUUUCUGCUGAUCUCAGUGUCAGAUCACACUUCUUUGCUUGUGGGUCCUACAGCACAUCAUGUGGUACAUAUCCAAGCGGACAGGUGAAAUCUUUAACAACGGACUUCAAAACUCUCUUGAAACCCUCUCUUUGACCAUCCUUUUGUCAACACCCUUAAAUUCUCCUUCCUCCUCUCACUGAUCAGUGCUCCCUAUCAUCUCUGUGAAGUGUUUGAGGUGUUCAUCCAGUGUGAUAGGUGCUGUACAAGUGGUGUGAAAAAAAAGUAUCUUUAGGUUUAUUGUUGACACACAGCUUCUUUGUGGUUUGAACUCGUUUCCAUUUUUAAGUGAUCUACUUUUAGAGCUUAGAGCGUCACUCCAACAGAAUUAUAAGGCUGCAUCUUGACGUUGUGUGGGCACAGAUCAACAACACCUGUGACCUGUUCAAAUGUAGAGUGAGAAAGGUCUGCCAUUAUUUGCCAGCCAAACUGUAGAGAGUGAGGAUUGAAGAUGCAGCAGAGCAGACGUGAAAUUGCAGCCUGAUUUAUUUCUGGUUAUCAAGUCUUUGAAAAUGUCAUUGUUAAUUCUACCGCAUUCUAAGAUGGCAUUUUAAGUUUUAAAAUCAUUUUUAAGUGCCUGGUUUUCUUGACAGACGAGUCAAAAAACAGACAGUUGGGUCCAAAGCCAGGUGGGUGUUAACAGAACAACAACAAAUUAUAUUUACACAGUGCCUUUCAUGUCA